AUGUCUCUUGUUCGAGUCUCGCUCGUCGUCGUUCAAGCAGUCAGCAAUCAAUGGGCAUGUACUCCCCCAAACCCUACCCAAGAGAAAAAUAGAUUCCAUACGGAGGAGCUAUACAUCCUGCAGAUUGCCCCUCUCAUCUUCAAGAUUCAUAUGACCAUCCUAUGGAUAUGUGCUUUCUUUGAGGUCCUUUACUACGCCAGCACAUGGUCCUCAGUUUCUCCCAUUGCCUCCACAAUUAUUUGUCCAUCUACUAGCGAGCCACAUAUUCACAUGUCCCCCAUGUUCACAAUCGGGAUAGUCGCGGUGGUGCUAGGCUCUUACAUUCGCCUUGAUUGUUUCAAAACCCUUGGGCGGCUUUUUACCUUUGACCUCACUGUUCAGCCCGAACAUAAGUUGGUGACUUCCCGCUUUUACUCUUACGUUCGUCACCCUGCAUAUACUGGAUCGAUGCUUCUUGUUGCGGGAUUAGCAUUUUCGCAUCUUACCGAAGGCAGUUGGCUCACUGAAUGUGGACCUUUGCGAUCUUCCAGUAGCGCAAUUGUUGUCUGGGCAGCGUGGUGGGUCUGGACACUCGCAGUCGGUAUCAGUCGUGCGGAGGCUGAGGACAAGCAAAUGCAGAAACUUUUCCCGGAAGAAUGGGAUAGAUAUGCUAUGAUUGUUCCCUGGUGGUUCUUCCCUGGUUUGGCUUGA